GCAAGUCGCAUUCGUGACACCGGUGUCGAUCAGUGAACGUCGUUGUCUGAGCUCGGUCUGCUUUGUAAUGUGCAUUUCUUCAGAUAGAAGUCGAUCGCAAACGCGCAAUUCGGUAAAAACGAAUUAUCGCGUGUUUGUUCGACGCUUGAACGUUUGCGCGGCCGACGCGAGAAUGUCGUGGAAGGAGUGGGAUGGUGAACGGUAGAUGCUAGAACAUUUGUGUCAAUACAACAGGACGACCAGGCGUCUACAGAGAAAGCGGUAUUAUCCUGGCGCCAAAUCAUAGGGGUUCAACAAUUCCUCAGAAAUAUGAAGGAAAGUCGGGAUGUCCCUCAAAGAUCGCAAAGUAGCGCGGCCAGCCUAACGUCCCUAGGUGCUGACAUAUCUCCAAGUUCUUCCCAUUUCUUUGAGGUACUCUAUGUGGGGAAAAUCAGAGUGUCGCAUCCAAAGGUAUCGGAGGGCUUCAUAGACGAUGCGUUAGUAAGAUUUCGCGUUCACGGUCUUGAAAAAUCGAGACCGUCGGUGACUAAUUUUCUUUCCGAGAGUCAGCGUCAAUCACUUUUAACGUCCUCCAAUAACAGGAGAAAUAGCACGGAAUCUAGUGCUAGUGAGAUCGAAAGUAUAGAAAAUGUCUCCGGAAAUGGGGUCAUAUCGCCCGUUAACUCGCUGGGUGUACCGUCAGCACUCACGGGUUCGGUGGAAACGUUUCCAAAGACACAGAACCCCAAUCUUGCCGAGAAAGAGGAGCGCGAGGAGAAUCGAGAUGUUACAAACAAUAAUUCAGUGCAAGUACCGGAAGUUAUGCGAAACCGGGCUUCCUCUACGGGUAGCGUGUUGAAUGCCAGGAGGGAUUCCAUGGCGAGAGGGGGCGACGAACAUAAUCGCACGAUGCUCUUCCAGGUUGGCCGAUAUGAUUUGAGAUUAAUCAGCCCGGAUAGGAAGCUGGUAUUGCUUCACAAGCAACUCAGAGACGUGGCGAGUUGCGUGCAAGGCAUCAAGAACCCCGAGCACUUCGGUUUUAUUUGCAAAGAGAAUAACGUGGAUUUUUUUGUUGGCUACGUAUUCAAGUGCCAAUCGGAAUCCGUUGCAGAUGAUCUUGUCGCUGCUAUUUCACAAGCGUUUGUUGGAACGUGCGAAGUUUCAAGGAAAGACCGAUAUUCCGUGUUUUCAUGCGAACACUGCCCCAUGUAUUGGUAUAACAAGUUAUGCCAGGAAAUCGAAGGACAGAAUGACAGGAGGACCCAGAAUAUAAUUUUUUCGCGGAUGGAAAUGCUGCCGGAGGACGAGCAAGAAAUCGUCGUUAGUAAAUACAAAAGUGCUGAGGCCGCCGGCGGUACAGGGACAUCUUUACGCGAGCAAAAUCAAUUUUUAAUAAGACUGUUGCGUGCUCAUUGCGAGACGAAACAGGCUAGGCACGUUCAUGACACAGCCGAGAAUAGGAGUGAAUUUCUUAAUCAAUACCUAGGCGUAGGUGUCGGAAGCACAAUAUUCAUGAAAGCGAAACGCUCGCUUACAAAUAGUUUUGAUAACCUCAUAAAGAGAAAGGGUUCGCGGGAUGACCUUGGACUUGGACAUUUAAAAGAUAUAAGCCACCUCAACACUGUGAUACAAAAAAGCGGUAGCCAAAGCCCCGAUAUGUCGCGACAACCGUCCAUGGCAGAUAUUUCGCCGGAUUCUAGUAGACCCAAAUCUUUAAGGGUUUCACCUGAACAGCAAUUGACUGUAAAUACUGGACCAAAGAGUUCUAUGAUGGAUAUAUUCCUGAAGGUAGGAAAUUCACCAAAAAUGUCUCCAACUGAGACAGAUGGAAACAAUUCGGUACAGUCAAAUGGCUCAUGGAGACAAGCUAUAUUGAAUCGAGUUGUAACUCCCAAUAAAGAUCACGAAAAAGAAAGCGAUAAAACAGGAAAUAUUGGCGUCAUCAAAUCGCCCCAGGCGACGGCGACGCGCAGAACGAAACAAGAAUUAAGGGAUCUGUGGAAGAAAGCUAUCAAUCAGCAGGUGAUACUUAUACGAAUGGAGAAGGAGAACGCGAGGCUUAGAGUUCGUCAAGAAGAAGCGACUGUUAAGAGAAUAAAAUUGGAGUACGAUGAACUUAGCACUUGUGGCCGCGAGUUAAUGGAAGUAUGGGACCUUUUAGUAAGCAAAGAGUCGAGGAUCUCUACAAAAUGUGAUAAUCAAAUGCUUUUACAUGCUAUUAAACAAGGUGUACCAAAAGGCAAAAGAGGAGAAGUAUGGCAAUUUUUGGCCGAACAAUUUUGCUUGAAGCAACCUCCAAUAGACACGCGCGACUUCCCUAAUUACAAUAUACCAUACGAUUUGCUUUUGAAACAGCUUACGUCCCAGCAACAUGCAAUUUUAAUAGAUUUAGGACGAACAUUUCCAAACCACCCGUAUUUCAGUUCACCUCUAGGACCUGGACAAUUAGCUUUGUUCAAUUUGCUGAAAGCUUACUCGCUUCUGGACCAUGAAGUUGGUUAUUGUCAAGGUCUCAGUUUCGUAGCUGGCAUUCUUCUUUUACACAUGUCAGAAGAUAUAGCGUUUUUCCUUCUACGACACUUAAUGUUUCGAAGAGGCCUAAGGAAAUUGUAUCUUCCUGAUAUGGCAGCUUUACAAUUGUACCUGUAUCAAUUAUCCAGGUUGUUGCACGAUAGAUUGCCUGCGAUUUAUAAUCAUUUUGACAAACAUGAGGUUUCGCCCACAUUAUACGCUGCACCAUGGUUGCUAACUUUAUUUGCCAGUCAAUUUCCACUUGGUUUUGUGACUAGAGUUUUUGAUUUACUUUUCUUGGAAAGUACUGAGGUACUUUUCAGGGUAGCUAUGGCGUUGUUAGAAGAGCACCAAGAUCAAUUAUUAAUGUGUGACAGUUUUGAAGAAAUUAUGGAAUAUCUCAAAACGCGCGUACCAGCUGUAGAUAAAGAAAUUCUGGACCGUGUUAUGAAACGCGUGUUUUAUCCGGAUCAAGAGAUUACGAAGCAAUUGAACGAAUAUAGAGUGGAAUACCAGGUGUUACAGGAAGAAAUGAUAUCAAUGAAACCGCAAAUGGAAAAUCUAGAGAAGUUAAAAGUACUUAACAAGCAACUUACGCAAGAAGUCGGUCAGCUCAAUGGACAACUUGAAAUUACUAUGAACGACUUGCACCGUUUGGAGACAGCAAGAUCUAUGCAGCAAUCGACCCUGCACAAACUUGAAUCUCAGAAUCGCAGUCUAGAAGUGACUGUUGCCACAUUGGGCGCAUUUAUACAACAACUAUCUGAAACUCGCCCAGACAUCGAAUUUCCUGGUGAAGUUCGUCGAAUAAUCGCUCAGUUAAGCAUCGCUGAGAAACGAAGAAGCACACCCAAUAGAUUGUACUCCCUAAAAGUGCUCGAGGAUAAUAAUAAAAUGGGAAUGAUCAAGAGUAACUCCGCAGGAAGAGAAUCUCAAAAUUUGUUAAAAAAUAAUAACGUAAUGGAUACUCCGUACCCUUUAAAAUCCACGUUGAGCCAACCAAACUUGGCUACAAAACUGGAGAGAGUCUCGUCGUUCUUCUCAAACUCGCAUAAUCAUAUUCAGAAGCAACGAGCGCAAUUGGCCGCUCUUAGGAAUGAGUAUGCGAAUGAGCAAGGUAUUAGAAAUGACGAAAACGAUCCAAAAACCGUCAAUAUAGAUAUUCGGAUCACUGAUACGGUAAAUUCAACCGAAGAGCAAAACAUGGUGCAAGACGAUAAUCACUUGAAGAUCCAACAAGUCAAUUUGGAGAAAUCGAGUUCGCUGCCAUUAAAUUCUAAAAUGAAGUUAAAGUCGUCGAAAUCGGCUUAUGAGUUAGGAUCUGUUCAAAAAGUACCAAUUACGAAAUUGGAAGUUACAAACGAUGAUAACGUGGCGAAUUUAACUGGAACGAUGCAUCCUCUGGAUACCUGCAGUGAUGUGAAUUUUAGAUAUGGAGGAACAACGAAAUUGAAGUCGAUAAAAUCAACAAGGUUAUCGAGCCCAAGCGGCCAAGAUGAAGGUAUGAGCAAAAACGCUCAGAACCAGAACAUAGAGACGUUGAACAGAUAACAAUUGCUGAUGAUGUUGCGCUCAAGGAAGAUGCCUUGGAAGGUAACUAACUUGAGAAAGGUCUAUCCAAAAAGCUAACGGAACAGUAUCAUAAUUCAUGUUUUACUUCCACAUUUCAUGCACGUGUCCUCUCUUGUAUACAAUUUUUUGAUACAACAACAAUCAAUUUUUAUUUUUUAACAAGAGCUCGGUCUACAAGAGGUGGACUGCCGAUCAAAAUAUGCUGAGACUCGCACUUCCCUUUUACUUAUACCAAUGAUUUUAAUACCAUGCGAUAGAGAACAGAAAAGAAGCAAAACUAUAUAUAACAAAGAAGUCAAUUUAUAAUAUUUAAAAACUUGACGCGACUUUUGUGUGCGCGUAUGCCUGUGUGUGAAUGUAUCAGUAUCAGAUAUAGUUGAAUAUGUUCAUACGUAUAUAUGUAUAUACAUAAACAAAAAACUUAGAGAAAAAUUAGGAAGAAUAAGUACAGCAAGUUAAUAACUAUCAAAAAUAUUUGAAUGUAAGAAAGAGUAAAAAGGAAUAUUUACGUAAAUAUAAUAAAUAAACUGCUGACAAGAAAUUUGUUUAAAAUGACAGUAACAUAGAAAAUAGUUUCUAUUGAAUUUUGCGAAGUAACAGAAUUGUAGAUAAUUAUAAUUUAUUGGUGAAUAUUAUUUGGCAAAAUACAUGUUACUGGCGUAAACUAAAUUUCUUAGAAUCAAGCAAAUAGAAGUCAUAUCUGUAUCAAAAUGUACAUUAGAUUAUUACAAAAUUGAUAGGAAUUCAUUUAAGAAAUAAAUAUUGAAUUAAAGGAAUAAACGUUGUUUGUUCGAUUAAUGAUAUAUUUUUUGUUGUUAGUACAUAGUUGCCCAAAAUUUUUAUUUAUCAAAAUAACAAAUUUCAGCGAGCAGUAGCCCUAAUAGUAAGUUAACUUAAAUUUUUGACAGGAUUUCAAAGUUACUCAAAAAUUCUUAGCUAACAAUAUAAAAUAUACCGCUGCCUUAAUUUAAAAAAGUAUUUUCAAAUAAUAGUUUUAAUAAUAAUUUUCUAAACAAUAUAUUUAAAAGAUUACUGUUUUUAGUUACGAAGAAUUCCUAUUACUUUUGUAUAAAUCAUCGAGAGAAGUGCCAAACUUUCUAGAAAAGAAAACAAAUUUUUUUAAAUUGUAUAUAACUAGUAGAGAGGAAGUUUUCUAAAACAUAUAUUGAGAUGUAACUGUAUCGUGUAUAUUCGAGACAUAUUUAUAAGAUGUAAUUUAUAUAAUUAUUGUGCACUAUGUAAGAUUCGAGAAAUUAUCAAGUAUUAUUACUAUUUUUGCACAAAGAAAAGCCUUGUGAUAUCAGGGAUACUAUAUACUAUGUACUAUAAUCAAUGCCGUUCAACCUUCUCAUAAAGAGAAAUCAUUUUUUAAAUACGAAAUAAUGACGUUGAUAUUUUGUAAAAAUACUCAAAUUGAUAUCAGUAGCGAAUCAUGCUGUCAUCAUAAUUGAUCAAGACUUCUUUCAUUUAGCAAGCCCAUAAAUAUUUUUAAUCUCAUAAUAAUAUAUUGUACUAAAUAAAAAGCAAAAAGAUAAAAACAGACAAUGUUCAGUACGUUUGUACAGUAAUUAUUAGAAAGGAUAAAAUAUUUUGUAGUACCGGAAUUUCUACCUUCCGAAUAGCAAUUUGUACAAGUAGAUAAUUAGGAACUUUAAUCGUAAAUUGUGAUGAAUAAUUAAGAAGUAAUGUUAAAAUAUUUAUAGCUUUUAUGCACAUGUUACUGUUAGCAUAUAGAAAUCGUAUUAUUCUAAUGUCGAUAUAAAUAAGAUAUAAUUGUGAACAUCGUUUGUUCCCUACACUUAAUUUUAUUGUGAUAGCAGUCAAUUUAUUUGAUUAAAAACUAAGAUGAAAUAUUUUAAGUAUAUAAAG